GGCAGCAACUUAACCCGCAGGGAACCGAUCAACCGAGACAGCCUAGCGCGAGGUUGAAGUUGCAACGCGCUCCCAGAGGAAGGUAACUGCCCGAUUGGGUAAAAAACCAGAGAAAGGGUAUUGCAAGCUGGAAGUGAUGGCACACGUGUGCUUGCUGGAGGCGGCAGCUGCUUGCGCGGACUAGUGGGCGCACGAUGACGACGGUGCGAGGUGGACGUGAGUUGCGACUGGACCCUGUUGUGACAGUGUUUUGCACGCGGUCACCUCAGUCAUCCUCCCUACAACCCCUUGACACCAAGACCUCCACUCGAGACCAACUAUCACAAACGACUACGGGGCUUUGCAUCCAUCAAACCGACUUGUAUCGACCGCGCCGGCGCCUUGCAUACACAUCUUCAGUGCGACACAACCUACGCACCGCAUGCAGCCCGCUGCACGAAGUCGAUCAUGAGCGAAUACGGCGAUGACUACUCCGACUAUGGAGAGGAGUGGUUCUACAUCGAGGAGGAGUUUAUCGCAGCCGACGACUUGGCAGAGCACGCUGUAGCAUCGCCGCCGCCUACCACAUAUGCGGACGAAGAUGCUGCCGAGGAUUGGGACAGAUUCGAUUAUUUCAACGACCUCGAGUAUGCCUCGGAUGGCUACGACGACGCUAUCUUUCAGGCGCACGAUGCAAAAGGCACAAACAUAGGUGGAAAGAGGAAGCGGCACGUUAGGCCAAGCCACAGCAAGAAGAGGCAACGGGUGUUAGGAGAGACAGAGGUAGUAGCGUUGGGCAUGUCACCUAUCGUCUGGCGCUCACAGGCCGAUCGAGAACCACAGCCCAAGCUUCUGGACGAGGGUGCCCAGCCAUACACAGUGCUUCAGGAUUGGAGGAAGGUGCUCAAAGACACCCCGCAGUGGGCGAGGGGUUCACCACCUCAGUCACCAACUGUGCAAGCUGCGAGAGAACAGCAACAUGUAGCAGAGGUUGCCAGCGUCGCAGAAGCCGCAUCUCCUCCUUCAGCACUGGACGAGGAAGACGAAGGCGCACACGAAGAUGAGAUGGAUAUUGACCCAGCGGCGUUGAUGGCUGCACUACAGAGCCGACUAGCUGAAGCUGGUGGUCCUCUGAGCGGCAUGGAUCCACAGCAGUUGUUAGACUUCGCCAUGAGAAUGGCCACUGGUAAGGAUGCUGGAGACGAUAUAGCAGGUGAAAUGGCAGAUGCUAUGCUCAACCAGGGCGACGAAAAUGACGAGGAAGAUCCGGAGGCAGAAGCGAACCUUCUCUCUUGGGUAGCGCAGCAGCGAAACAGCGGUACCGAGUCAUCCGCAGAUGCUCCAACUUCAACCACCACCAACGACAUCAACAGACCGCCAACACCUCCUGAUGAGGAGGCUGGUACACAUGCGUCACGGAAACGUGCCGAAGGCAGCCAGACGAUAAGCAAGAGUCAUGCUCAAACCAACACAACUCGCAAGCGGAAAGUAGAGGAAAACGACCAGGUGGAAGCUUCUGCGCAGCCCACGAAGAAACGAGCCACAAGGACAUUCGAUGCACCUACUGCAGCUAGCCAGGCCAGGACAGCAUCUUCGAAGACAACACGAAGUGGGCCAAAAAGGUGAUCUGAUCACAAAGCCCGUUGCAGGAUACAGCUCUUACCUUAUUCCCGCAACAUGUGUUGCAUGAGCCUGACCAAUGUAGGCGUUCGAACCCUUAGUAACCAACAUUAUCCGCUUUUAACGGUGUGGCGCAUCACGUACAUGGCACGGGAGGAUCACUGCACGCGAUAACAAGGGUUCGGGUUCCCGCAUUUUCGGGCGGAUAGGGCGGUGUAGCUGACUCCGGACGCUGGCAAACAAAGAUUUUAAUGAGUUGCCAGAACGUUGACAGGUAGAGAAUCUAAGUUUGCGCUGCGUAGCCGUGUACCCGUGGUAUCGUCACCAUAAUGUUAACUCGGUAUAUGAACCUACGCCAGCCACAGCUGAGAAGUAUACAACAUGUGAUCUUUUAGUACUUACCGACUAGGCCAAAGACGAAGGAUUAGAAAGCCGACUGCCAUGCAAUAGCAGGUGCGUAUCCAGUGGCACGACCGUU